AUGGCGCGCGCGUUACGGAGAGGUGGGCCAUCCGGAGUUGGCCCUCCAAGGGGAACAUCGGCCAUAUGGGGGCCGAGGAACGGUUUCGUGCAGCAACUUGCUGCAAGUACUGGCGAUUCUCAGUUUCAUGCCGAGGCGAGAAGAGCUGGUUCGGUGGGUGAAGAGCAAUUGGCCGCUCUCAACACGCACACUGCCCCCACGGAUGGGGGUACAUGCCGCAGGAAAUAUUUCCUUAUUUCGAAUAUGAACGGUCGCUCGAAAAUAAUCAUUCAAAUGAUCGAAAAAAAGUACGUCGACACGGACGAAUGUAUAGCGGAAAUGGAACGAUAUGCGUUCGAACCUCCGCUCGACGUAUUGCGCGGAGAGGACGAUGGGCACUCAUCCGGCGAUGAGAUGGAAGCCGAACCAGCUCCCCCAGAGCCCGAGGACUUUUUUGACCCUAACCCCGACUUUAACGAAUUUAACCCCUUCCCCUUCCCCCUACCUCACCAAGACCCCGAACCCCAACCUGACCCCGAAUUACCCCCAACUAACGACGACCCCGUCCCUGAUGACGAAAGCGGGGCUGCGCAGCCCCACCACUACUGGCUGCGCAGACCCCGUUCACCAAGGCAGCCACGAAGACGGGAGCAACAAAGGCCGCAGCCGUUCCGGCCUCAUAACAUCGAGAGCAUGAGGCCGGAACACCAAGCCGAGCUUUCGGCACCAUCAACAGACGCAUACCAAGUAUGCGAAAACAACUUAAUAUAUUUCUUAAAGACACCAAAUUUACUAGCGUUAUUCACUUACAAUCCAUGUUUCAGGGUGCCGAUUGCCCGGUUGUGCCAGGUCCUCAGCCCCAUUCAAAACCGUGAGGGCCUGGAAAAUCCACGUGCGGAGGGCCGCAUGUCAUCAACAAGAAACCCUCUGCACGUGGUGCGGCCACGUCAUUGCGAUGCCCUCGGAGCACCUCUCGGAGGACGCAAUCAAGGUGGUUAUGGACUCGCACCGAACCGAGAGGUGCAUCGGUGCCUCCAAGCGGACGAUGGAGGCACGAAAAACCGCCGCCGCGCGCCUCGUGAUCCUGGGCCGCGACAACUCACACAUCGCGGUGCCAGAGGAGGGCGCAGAUGA